UUUCGAUUUCGACCGCUUCGCCUUCAUCAGACCUUCACCCCUGUUCUUUCUUUGCCCAUCUCUUAAACACUGGUGAAGGGCUGCAGGACGGCUUGUCAGCAGAUAUCUUCCGCUAAUAGGAAGCUCAUUGUCAUUUGUUGAAUCUCUUUUGCGCAUAUUCGCAUACUAAUGAUUUUGUUCUCAUUGCAUAUUUUUUGCCUUCUUUUAUAAUUUCCCUCACUUCUUUGCAUAACUUUUUAAAUUUUAUUUUAAUUUAUUCAGUUGCUUCAGCGAUAUCUUGUGAAUCAUGUUAUCCCGAAUUGCUCGUUCGAAAAAUACCGCGUCUCAUCUCCUCGUCUCUAAUGGGCGUUGGGUAUCUCCGUCUUUGGCCACUCUACGGUUUCGGUCCCAUCUAAACCGGCCCAAUUCUUUAGCCAACGCGUCUGCCAGUGUUUCUCACGACCAUCUACGUCAGCCCUCUCUUCAAUCGAGUCGAUAUCUCGCCACGGCAGCCGAUCACUCCGCACUAGAACAAGGACUGUAUCCUUCCUUCGAAAACCCCUCCUAUUCGAUUGGUCGCCAGUAUGACCAGCCAGCAGGAUUGGGCUCUCUCUUUCCGCCGACUCCGUCAGACUUUGAUCCUUCAUCCUUGAUCAUCAUAGACGACCUUUUGCAGACCAAACCAAAAGUAGUCAAAAAGAUGAAAGGUAUCGGCGGUGACGACGGCGAGAUGAUGGCAAACCUGGAUGUUUCCCUGAAGGUUGGCCGAAUGGAUCGAGCUGCCAGUCUUGUCACCCGUCUUGGAGAGUUUUAUCCUAUCGGUUCGCCUGAGUACCUAGCCAUCCAUAACCGCUAUUUAGAGGCAAUGGUGUCUCACAUGAUCGUGACAAGACAGCACAACAUGAUCUUGCCGUUGCAAAGAUGGUUCGAAGUCGACAUGGCUGCCGGUGGUGUUCAGCCGGAUGCGACAACAUACGCGAUCAUGAUUCGGAUGGCAUUACGUAUGUUCCAUGGCGGUAAGCGAGAAAGGGCGGUUCGGAGAUAUUGGGAAUUUGCGAAGACAGCGGGUAUUGAGGAGGAGGUAUUAGCCGUUCCAAUUCUUUCGGAAUUGGAGCUUGGCGAACUAUCAGAGAUAUGUUCCGACGACCUUCAACGAGUCGCGAUUGGCAGUAUACAUCCAGACAUAGACAUGGCCGAGAAGCACCCUGACCCGAUCUCAGACGAGGUACCGAUGGUUAGGCCCGUUGAACAGAGGGGUCUUGGUCUUUCUUCUUUGCAAGAUUCUCUCGCAAUGUUUUCAACUGGUUCUAAUGUGGCUUUCCCAACCGAUGAAAAAUACACGGAGGAGGAAAGGUUAGAGUUAUAUAAUCAACACAGGCAGCGACAACUGGAGGCAGACUCGAUACAGACUUCGCUUCAACGGUGGCGGCAAGAGUUUACUCGAAUGCAAAAACAAGGUCUGGAUAUGACCGGGGGUGGGAGACGACUGGGUCCUAUCAUGAACCAGUGGCAUACAGGGCUGGUAUCCAAAAUCAAAGAGGAAAUUAAGCUCUCUGAGGAAGCAGAGGCCAAUCCUACUAAAACUUUCCAACAAAAAGAGCGCUGUGAAUACGGGGUUUAUCUACGGAGUCUAGACCCAGAAAGAUUAGCAGCGCUCACCAUCCUCGCUGUUAUAUCCUCUUUCGGUCGCGGGGGAAUGGAGAAAGGUAUAAAGGUUUCAACAAUAGUUACAGGCAUUGGAAAGGACCUCCAAGACGAGCUACUAGCCGAGAUGACUCUUAAAAGGCAAGGAACUGAUGCCCGUCGCGUGAAGGCACUUACACAACUUCUCGCUGGUCGCAAGCAGAAGGAAGGUCGAGCAGCCUGGUUGAAAAUUGUUGGUGAUCUCGCGAGGGAAGACCCGACAACUAUUUGGCCGCCUAAGGUGAAAGCUAGAAUCGGGGCUGUCUUGAUGAGUCUUCUUUUUGAGGUCGGAAAGGUCCCUGUUGCUGUGGAGCAUCCAAACUCUACGAAAACGAUCACCAUGCAAUCCGCGUUUCAGCAUUCGUAUCAAAUUACUUGGGGAAAGAAGGCGGGAUACUUCCAUAUGCAUCCAGAGAUUGUUCGGAUUAUCGCCAGGGAGCCCACCACCGAUGUUUUAGGUCGUCAGUUACCCAUGAUUUGUAAACCAAGACCAUGGAACAGUGCGAAGGACGGUGGAUAUUUCGUCUAUCAAAACAGCAUCGUACGCACAACGCCGGGCGAGACCCUACAGCCAUCCUACAUAAAGGCAGCGAUCGAAGACAACGGGUUAGAACAGGUCCGCGAGGGAUUGAAUAUUCUUGGAAGAACCGGGUGGCAGAUCAAUCGCGAUGUUUUCGAUGUCAUGCUUGAGGCAUGGAACUCUGGAGAGGCAAUUGCCAACUUGGCGCCCUUGGAACCUGACCUUCCUCACCCACCGAAACCAGCUCCUGAAGAAGGCUACGAGGCGGAGAAGAAAUGGGAUAAUAUUAUGCGCGAUAUCGAAAAUAGGCGAGCCGGAAUGCAUUCCAACCGUUGUUUCCAAAAUUUCCAACUAGAGGUCGCUCGUGCAUUCAGAAACGAGACGUUCUAUCUUCCUCACAACAUGGAUUUCCGCGGACGUGCCUACCCGCUUCCACCCUACCUUAAUCAAAUGGGUGCAGACAACGCUAGAGCACUCCUCCUCUUCAGCGAAGCUAAGCCGCUGGGCGCCAGUGGCAUGAGAUGGUUGAAGAUUCAGAUUGCAAAUUUGUUUGGCUUUGACAAGGCUAGUCUCUCAGAACGUGAACAAUGGACAACGGAUCACUUGGACGAUGUUUUAGACUCUGCAAACAAUGGUCUGCAUGGUAAACGGUGGUGGCUCGAUGCAGAGGACCCAUGGCAAUGUUUGGCCGCCUGCUGUGAGCUGAGAAAUGCUCUUCAGCACCCGGAUCCUACUCAAUAUCCAUCGCGCUUGCCGAUUCAUCAAGAUGGCUCGUGCAAUGGACUGCAGCACUACGCAGCGCUUGGUGGUGAUAAGGUAGGCGCUCAGCAAGUGAACCUGGAGCCAUCCGACCGCCCAUCCGAUGUAUAUACUGGUGUUGCCGAAUUUGUCAAGGAAGCUGUGGCGCGUGAAGCUAAAGAGGGCAACCCUAUGGCCAAGGUCCUCGACGGCAAAAUCACUCGGAAGAUUGUUAAGCAAACUGUCAUGACGAACGUCUACGGUGUUACUUUUAUGGGAGCUAUGAAGCAAGUACGCAAGCAGCUCAUUGACCAUUAUCCCGAACUAUCGCAAGAGGAAACGAGGCAUGGCUCGUUAUACAUUGCUCGGAAGAUUUUCGAGGCCCUAGGCACAAUGUUCAAUGGAGCUCACGAAAUUCAAUACUGGCUUGGAGACUGCGCAAGUCGGAUUACGCAAUCUCUCUCCCCUGAACAAAUUGAGGAUAUCGCAAAAGAAGCAUUCAACCCUACGAAGGCCGAAGACUCGGCAAAGAGAGCAAAUGACCCAACCAAGAAGUUCAGGUCCACCGUGAUCUGGACCACUCCUCUCGGGUUGCCUGUUGUCCAGCCGUAUCGCUCUCGGAAAGCUCGACGCGUCCGCACCACUCUACAAGACUUGAGCAUUGUCGAUAACGGCUCGGAUGACGUUGUCUCCAAACGCAAGCAGCUCCAGGCAUUCCCGCCUAACUUCAUCCACUCCCUCGACGCUACACAUAUGAUGCUGUCAGCUAUUGCCUGCGACCGGGCUGGCCUUAGCUUCUCUGCGGUCCAUGACUCAUUCUGGACUCACGCAUGCGAUGUCGAUUCGAUGAACGAUAUUCUCCGAGAAGCCUUCGUUCGCAUGCACUCCGACGAUGUUGUUAAGAGGCUCGCAGCCGAGUUUGAAGUCCGUUACGGCAAGCACUUGUUCCUCGCAAAGGUCAACACCACGAGCAAGAUUGGAAAGAUUAUCCGAAGUCGCCGCAAACAGAAAAAAUCUUCCAAGGUGCAGGAACUUUUAGAGGAGUACAAGCGACAAAAGCUUUUGGGAUCGGACGAUCCAGAGUUGCAAGCACAGGGCCGCGCGAUGGUCACGUUUGGUAGUUUGUUUGAGGAGAUAGGUUGUACGGAAGAUGAUCUUGCUAUUUCGAGCUCGCUUGGCGAGACCGUCGUCGGACAUGUCCCGGAGAAUAUGGAGGCGGCAGAGCGAAAAGCUACGGGAAUGGACACGGACACCUCGGACCCUGCCAUUGAGAGUCUGAUGACCGAUUUCAACGACGUGCUUGGCCCGAAGACGGACUCCGGAGAUGCCGCUGCUGAAGCUGAUCAGGAUCAGGAUGAUGAGGUUAGCGAGCCGAAGAAGAAGAAACGGCAACAAGGCACCUUCACUUGGCUCUGGCUCCCGUUACGCUUCCGUGAGGUACCUCAGAAAGGAGAGUGGGACAUCACGCGCAUCCGAGACAGCAAAUAUUUCUUUUCUUGAAGAACCGUACGUUGGUUGGUUGAGCGGGCCUACUGUGUCGGGCUUGGACGCAUUGGGUUGGCGUUGGCUUCCUUUGGCGCAAUCGACGCUUAAAAGUAAAAUUAGAGGGACGGGAUCGUCUUCUCGCUCUCACCUAGCGUUUGUCUUGUUUAUGAUUACUGAUAUCCCCAUUUUGUUAUUAAGUCCUUGCCAGAUUUUGCGAAACUUCCUCGAUCGCUCUGUCACGCUUAUGUAUUUUUAUGUUACUUUUAUUUCCCUUAUGUGCGUUUCACGUGGAUAGAUCUGGCGUUGGAUGCUCAUGUACAGUACUAACUAUACUACCUUUAUGUUUGUUUAUGUAUUAUCACAAUGGAUGUACA